CGUUUAACUUCCUCUUCAUACAGCACUGUGCAUUUUAUCAGCAAGCUACUGUGUCACCAGCCCUGCUGCUCCCAAGGCUUCAUGCUGUGUCACCACGCUGCCAGUCCAGGGUGAGCCUUAGGGUAAGUGUUGCCAUAUGGGGUCUAGCCAGAACCCGAUCUCACCCAUUAGCUCAGCCAUAGAGGCUGGCCACAGGAGGAGGAGGGGCCUUGGCGAACCUGGGACCUGAAAGCUUUCCUGAGGGUUCUGCUCUCAGACAAGCUCUUCUACCAGAGUAGGGAAACGACCCCAGCAGCUGCUGAAGAGCACAGAGACGAAGGAACUGCCUAGGCUCAGAAGGACAAGCAACAGGAAUCACACCCAGUCUCUCUUUAAUGAACACACAUCCACAGACAAAAUGGGCAACAAUGGCACAAGCAAUACAGUCAACAAUUGCAGUAACACGAAUGUAACGUUUCAGUACUCACUUUAUGCAGCCACAUAUAUUGUGAUCUUCAUCCCUGGCCUUUUGGCCAAUAGUGUAGCCCUGUGGGUCUUGUGCCGCUUCAUCAGCAAAAAGAACAAGGCCAUCAUCUUCAUGAUCAAUAUGUCUGUGGCUGAUCUCGCCCACGUUCUCUCACUACCACUGCGAAUCUAUUACUACAUUAACCACCACUGGCCCUUCCAGGAAUUCCUGUGCCUUCUCUGUUUCUACCUGAAGUACCUCAACAUGUAUGCAAGUAUCUGCUUCCUGACUUGCAUUAGCCUGCAGCGAUGCUUCUUCCUAAUCAAACCUUUCAAGGCUCGAAACUGGAAGCGCAGGUAUGAUAUGGCCAUCAGUGCCACCAUCUGGAUUGUCGUUGGGACUGCCUGCUUGCCCUUUCCUAUCCUGAGAAGUGUUAGCCUGACCAACAAGUCCCAAUGCUUUGCUGACCUGGGAUACAGGCAGAUGCAGAUGGCAGCCUCAGUGGCAGUGAUCACAUUGGCUGAGCUGGCUGGCUUUGUGGUUCCUGUUGUCAUUAUUACCUGGUGUACCUGGAAGACAGUGAUAUCUUUGCAGCAUCCACGUAUGACCUGUGAAGGGGACACUGAGAAGCAGAAAGCUCUUCGAAUGGUCUUCAUGUGUGCUGGAGUCUUCUUUAUCUGUUUUAUACCCUACCACAUAAACUUCCUUUUUUAUACCUUGGUGAAGGAAAAAGUUAUCACUAGCUGUUCUAUCAUUCAAAGCACACUUUAUUUCCACCCUUACUCCUUGUGCCUUGCAAGUCUGUGUUGCUGCUUAGAUCCAAUCCUGUAUUACUUCACGACUUCUGAGUUCCGUGACCAACUCUCCCGCCAUGGUAGUUCAGUGAUCCGAUCCCGGCUUAUGAGUAGGGAGAGUGGCUCUUCAAUGGUGAGCUGAGUAAGCCUAUCUCCAAAACCUUGCUUUUCUCUCAUAGCUUGCACCUAAAGCCAAAGUAAUAACCAAAUUGUAGAUGGAAUUACUGAAUGCUUAGUAUAGCGGCAAUGUUCACAGAAGGAGGCAGAGAUAUUGUUUGUCUGAACUAUUUUUGUUGUUCUGAAAUUGAGGGCUCUUAUUUACGAAAACAAGAUUAAAGCCUGACAUGUUUCGGAUGGAAGAGAAAAGUUGUUGCCAUCUUGCUGAAACUGUUUUCAGUAAAUUGUCAUAAUUUCA